AACAAGACCAUAUAUGUCCAUGGUAAAGUAUCCAAUGGACACACUUCAGUUCUCCUGCAUCCAAAUAGCCAUAGCCUUGCUCUUGUUCACUCAAGCCAAGAGCACCACAGAGGACACACCUGCGGUGCAUCUGAAUGACGCGAUCCCCAGCUGUGUUGCUAGUGAGAGGUCCGCCCUUCUUGCCUUCAGGGCAGGUCUAUCAGACCCUGCCAACCUCCUUUCAUCAUGGAAGGGUGACGACUGCUGCUGGUGGAAGGGCGUCUAUUGCAGCAACACAACCGGCCAUGUUGUCGAGCUGGAUCUCCAAGGCACUUAUUGCAAAACUGAAGAUUGGAGUACGCCGGUGCUAGCGGGCAACAUAAGCUCCUCGUUGCUUGGUUUAAAACAUAUACAGUAUCUCGAUCUCAGCUGCAACAGAUUCGACAAGAUACAGAUACCAGACUUCAUCGGUUCUCUCGAUAAGUUGAGAUAUCUCGACCUAUCAGACUCAAUGUUCAUUGGGAAGAUACCACCACAGCUUGGUUCUGGAUAUGUGAUGGGUCUAUGGGUGGUCUUCUGCACCUUCUUGUUCAAGAGAAGAUGGAGUGCUGCUUGGUACUUGCUCUGUGAUAGCCUGUAUGACCGGGUUUAUCUGCAGGUGGCUGUUACCUGGGCUUCCUUGAGAGGUAAAAUUAAUGGAUAGAAGCUGAGAUGAGAUGAUCAUCAACUGGUUAUUGGUUUGCUCUCAUGUAAUGCUUUUGAGAUUUAUCAUGAAUGUCUCAAUCAAUGUUUAGGUAUUGUACUAGAACUAGUCAGUAUAUGUAUUCAAGGCGCAUUCCAUCGACUGAGAUUGGUAUGCUGUUUUCCGUAUUGUACUAGAACCAGCAUUGGUUCUUGGUUUGAUCUAGACAUGUAAUUUGAUAUACUCUCGAGAUUUAUCAUGAAUGUAUCAAUUGAUAUUCCAGUGUAUUGUACUGGAACAAGUCA